AUGUUCCGGAAGAUCAACAACGUGUUCCGUCCCAACCAUCGGCGAGGGCGCGAUGGCGGGACCCGCUCGGAACACGACUACCACAACGCCUGCACCGUCAGGCUGGUGCGGAGCACCUCCAUGCUGGUGGUGGGCCAGAGGACGCAGGCGCUGGAGGGCUCCACGCUGAAGCGCAGCAAGAGCACCGUGAGCGUGGAGUCAACGCUGUACCUGUACCAGCGGCAGGAGGACCGGAUAUGGCUGUACUCCCAGAACCAGAACUGCCUGGAGUACCUGGAGGAGCUGGUGGCUUUGAGGCAACGCUACACAAAGAGCGUCAGCGACCUGAAGACCAAAGAGGGCAAGGCCCAGCCCAGAGCCGGGUCCAAGAAGAAGCCUGCGCCCGCAGCACCGCAGGCCCAGGUGAGAGGUAUUCCCGUCAAACCCUCAGCUCCGGCGGUCCCCAGUGAGGAGGACACGCUGGAGUUCUUCGACCAGGUCAUCGCCAGCUGUGACUCUGAACCUCACCGAAAGCCGUACGUGGACGACGGACACGCUGACGUGGACUUCAUUGUGGCCACCAGCUCCGCCGAGCACGACCUCCACUCCAACUGGACGCUGCGGGUCCCUCGGGUCCCGGAAGAGGUGCGGCGGCAGAGAGGACUCGGAGACAGUGCCAAGGAGAGCGUCCGCAACCAGAGAAGGGCCAGCGGCUCGGUGAGCAGCCGGCUGCGGCUGCAGAGGAACCCCAUCCACCUGCCCAAAGUGGUGGAGAGCGCCUUCCAGACGCUGCGCUUCAAACCCAAAUUGAAAAAGACGUGA